CAGGGAGCUGGGUCGAUGCGAGUACCUAGCGCGAACACAUUCAGGAACGGGUGGAGGCGCGGGCGGCAAGGGGCAGUAAACACACUUGUAACAACAAGCCAGUGACCAGCGUGUCCUGGAACCCACAUCUGCGCACAUCCUGUCAUGGACUGCAUAUUUAAGAAGUUGUGACCAGCUGGACAGCAACUAUUCCGGUGAUCUGUUCUGUGUGACUGCUGUCUGUUCAGUUGAUGGGAACGUGUCUAUAUACAAAUGAGAGAUGAACCGAGCACGUGACCUAGCUAAUGAAAGCCCGUGGCUCAGGGAAGACUUGAGCCUCACGAGGCUGAGCGUGCCGGCAGCGUGCGACAGAAGUCGGCUAGAAAGGGUCAUGGUCCACGCUCCUGUGGCUUCACGAGAUGAAACAGCAAUGGUUACGGCACCUAGGACGAACUGUCAGCGCCAGCCUACCCACUUUGGGCUCAAUGCCGGUGGAACUCCACGCGAAUGCGAAUGCGUCGAUCCGACUCGACUCGAGGUAGCAACCUCACGUCUUCUUAUCUCACGACGCUCAUUAUAUACAUUCACGUUUCUAAGUGGGUGCCGCAGUUUCUUCACCAAAUGCGGCCGCCGUCUUGGUCAAUGGCUCCAACUCCAACUUCGAGCGUGGUAUCAAAAACUGGGGGAGCAGCAAAGGUCAUCGCCGCUGCAAAGACCGAUGCUUGGGGUAACGUUCGCAUGCCUUGCUUGGACACGCUACCUGGCUACAAUCUUGAAGCACCACACGAUUGGGUAGUCGUGCCGACCAGACGAAACCUCUGUCUUCGAGUCGUUGAUCGGGUGCCUGUUCGUGGCAUACCAGAGAAUGCUGUCGGUAACGCAUCUUUCACUGUGUCAGCCGGCUACGCCACUCUCAAGUGUUCUGAAAGGCAAA